AUGCAUUGCAUUAAUCCACGCCGUGUGCACUCUACUGCAGGGCAUCGUAUUGUCUCCCUCAAUCAGCUAUCGAUGCCAUCGAAUGGUGGCCUCUCCAUCGGUGCAGCAUCUACCACAACAGGCAGUGGGAGAAGGUCCGGUGGUGCACGUCGCAACACAACAGCGCUGAACGGUCCUGAAGCUGAGGCGGCGAUUCUGACUGCUGCUGGAGCGGUGUUUCCAACUUCCGAUGGUGUUGCGUUUCCGCCUUCCGAUGGUGUUGCGUUUCCGCCUUCCGAUGGUGCUGCGUUUCCGCCUUCUGAUGGUGCUGCGUUUCCGUCUUCCGAUGGUGCUGCGUUUCCGCCUUCUAAUGGUGUUGCGUUUCCGCCUUCUGCUAGACAAGAGUUUCCGCUCGAGGCUAGAGCCACGCUCGCGUUUGCGGAUGGAGGCGCAAACCAGCCUGGUGCUGGAGCAGCGUCUCCGUCUGCUGCUGGAGUCGCGUUCCUUACUGAGGCUGGAGCCCCAUUCCAGCCCGCUGCUGGUCAGGAGUUUCCGCCCGCGGCUGGAGGCACAUUCGAGUCUGAUGCUGAUGCAUUCGAUGCUCUUCUUGAUGAGGAGGACGAGUGUGGUGGUUAUAACCAGCAAGUGGACCUCGAGGCGCAGCCAGAGAAAGAACCCGUCAUCCCCGAACCUGGUGCGGAAGCAAACGGAGGGUUGUCAGGUGGGGCCGGUGCGGCUAACGGAGGGCCGUCAGGUGGUGAUGGUGCGGCUAACGGAGGGCCGUCAGGUGGUGCUGGUGCGGCUAACUUUGGGCGGUCCGUUGGUGCUGGUGCGGCUAACGGAGUGCAAUUUGGGACGGCUGGUGUGGAUAACGGAGGGCCGUCAGUUGAUGCUGGUGUGGCUAACGGAGGGCCGUCAAUUGGUGCUGGUGUGGCUAACGGAGGGCCAUCAGUUGGUGCUGGUGCGGCUAACUUCGGGCCGUCCGCUGGUGCUGGUGCGGCUAACGGAGGGCGUCUUGGGGCGGCUGGUGUGGCUAACGGAGGGCCGUCAGGUGGUGCUGGUGCGGCUAACGGAGGGCGUUUUGGGGCGGCUGGUGCGGCUAACGGCGGGCGUCGUGGGGCGGCUAUGGGAAACUCAGACAACUACGAGCGUCCCAUGGUUUUGGUCGAGCCAAAUCGCCCUGCUAUCAUCGACGCUGUCAACAAUGCGUACUCGAAUGGAGCCACGCUCGACUUGCAUCAACUAACUCGAAUGCAACGGACGUGGUCGCACCGAUAUGCAAUGGCAUUGGCCUCUGUUCCGGCGAAGCACAACGGGUUCACGGUAGGCCACGGUUUCCUCAUUGUCCCGUACAAAGCCUUCCUCUUCUCAUACCAGGCGAUCUCUCCUCCCUUGGCAUGCGCGCUCAGUCCACCCAUACCCCCAAGGCCCACCUUACCCUCCUCCCGUGGCUUUGAGGCGUGCUCGGUCCACCUGUUCCAACCAGACAUGCCUUACCCUCCUCCCGGGCCUGUGAGAUGCAGUGCACUCAAACCCUCUGACUAA